AUGGACAACACCUUAAGCACAGCGCCAGACGAGCCACGGACCGAUGAGAAGCCAUUUGUGGAAGAAGAGAAAGCGGCAGAGGUCAGCGACACCGCCGCAGUUGCCCCGCAGACACCGCAAAUAUUUCCCGCAGAUGAAACAGUAAACGCGGUUGAGCAAAUUAAUGCAGCGGGAAUGGAGAGCCCAGAAGAAAAUGUUAGCUUGCCUGCCAUGGCUGCCUCAGAUGAUAAUAUGCCUAUGCCAGGUCAUAUGGCUCCCGCUGGUUAUAUGGGCACCGCUGGGCAUAUGGCCCCCGCUGGAUAUAUGGCCACCGGUGGAUAUAUGCCAACCGCUGGGCAUAUGGCUAUCCCUGGACAUGUGGCCCAUGAUCCUUCCCCUCAUAUGAGCAACCCAAUGGAGGUGACUAACAACUCUGAAGCAGUAUCAACCGCAAGCGAUGAAGCCAACCCAUCAGACCAAAUGACUAACGUAACGGGUGGUGCCACAGCAAGUCAAGCUUCAACCCCUGCAAAAGAAGGGCAGGUACAACUUGAAGAAGACGAAACCGUCAAUGAAAACGAAAACAAAGAAAAUACAGAAAAUAUGAAAAGAGAAAUAGAAAUGAUCAAUGGUAAAGUGAUUACAAAAAAUAAUGAAGACGUGUCCAAAGGGUUUCUUUCACCACCUGUAUUCCACUUAACAGAAAUUAUGCACAAUGAGAGAUGCUUCAAAAGAACAAAAGGUCACAUCGCAGUUGAAAUAAAUGGAGAUAUUUGCAUAUAUGGAGGAAUUGAACAGAAUAAAUGUGUUAAUAAUUUUAUAAGGUAUGUGCCUGGCAUCAAUUUAUUUGAAAAAAUUAGAUUAAAUUCAGAAGAUAUUGCUCCUCGAGCAUUUCACUCGGGAAAUGUUAUUUCGGAAAAUAAUAAAAAGAGCAUUGUUGUCUUUGGAGGAAUAAAUGCAAAUGAUGAAGUACUUGAUGAAACGUUUAAAUUUGAUGUCCAAACAAAGAAAUGGGAACGAGUGGAGAGCGCUACAAAACCGUAUGCUAGAUAUAAACACGCUUCCUUCAAUUUUAAUGAUGCCAUAUUCAUUCAUGGUGGGCUCAAUUCAAACAAUGUUGUUAUGUCCGAUCUGUGGUGCCUUUCUGGGGGCGCCUGGAAGGAAAUUUAUCAGAUGCAUGAGAGGCCCGAAGCUAGAUAUGGACAUAGUUUAAUCUUUACCUUGUACGGAAAUGCAAAGCUUGUCUUUCUCUUUGGAGGAAAUAGGAAAGGCUUCAGUGGGGCUCUCGCGGACACGUGGAUUUUUAACCUCAACACGUGUAGGUGGAAGGAAAUCACCAGGACCGAGGGGCCCAAGCCCUGCGCACGAUGGGCGCACUCCGCACAACUCUUCGACAACGAGUGGAUGAUCAUAUACGGAGGAAUUACAAACGGGUGGAUCGAGAACUACGCUCUGUCUGACAUGUACGCAUUGAACAUUUACACCUUCUCCUGGUUCGAAGUUGACAUCAGCACCUCCAGAAGCUUCAACAGGGGGUACUACGGAUCGUUAUGUUUAUUGCCUUAUAAGAAGUCGUUGCACAUUUUUGGAGGGUCGGAUGAGUCGAGAGAAUACUCCGACGUGUUCAGCAUGUCCCCCUUAGUUACGUACGUGUCUUACAAAACUUUGACCGGGAAAUUCGAGCAGCUCAGCACAAAAAUGAAAAACAUUAACGAACAUUCAAAUGACAAUGAUUAUGUGAAUUCAGCCGAAUUCGAAUUAAAAAUAGCUGAGUUGAAAGAGGAGGUAAACAACAUACACAAUAUGAUGAAGACCUUCGAGAUGAAGUUUGCCGCACUCGAAAAGCUGAACGAGCAGUGCGAAAUGCUACUCUCCAAAAGCUUGAACUCGGAAGCUUUGGAAACAUUAGAACAGCGAAUUAAAAAGCUAGAAUCUUCCAACGUGUUGAUGAAGCAUGACCUCCUAUAG